AAAUAGCAUUCUUGUCCACUCGGCGAUCCACAAAAUUACACGUUUUUUUAAGGAUUGAAGACGUUCGUCUGGAGUCUUCUUUCAUUUUUGGAUUGGAAAAUGAAGUACAUCGUUGACAAGAGAAGAGUUGUCUUUGUACUCUUUGUACUUUGCGCAAGUCUUGCAGCGGUGGCUAGAGCCCAAUGUUCCUCAGAAACUAUAAGUCAAAUGCAAAGUAUAUUUGUACAAAACUUUUCUCAAAAUCAGGCUCUAGCUCCUAUGUGCCUACACGCCGCUUUCCAUGACUGCUGGAACGGCUGUAACGGUGCUUUAUUUAUGCCUGAAGAGAUAGAUAGGCCUGAGAACGCCGGGUUACCUCCUCUGAAACCGUACCUGAUGCCGUUUACUUCUCAGUUUCCUUGUAUCAGUAUUGCAGAUUUGAUAAACUCUUGUGCUGUAACAGCUUUGAAGUUUCUCAAUGGACCCGAUGUACCGGUGUACUAUGGACGACUAGACAGAAAUGUCCCCGAUCCAACUGGUCUUAUUCCUGAACCAACUAUGAGUUUAUCUGCUCUUAUUAAUGCUUUUAGCGCCAUUGGAUUUAGUAAAGAAGACGUGGUCACUUUAUCUGGAGCUCACAGCGUGGGAGUGUGUCACGGUAUUCCGAUGUGUCCUGGUCACAAUACCUCAUUUGGUAACCACUAUUACCAGGAACUGAUUGAAGGAGAUUUAUCCGGCAAGCUACCCACAGAUGUGGAGUUGUUGGAGGAUAAUACUAUGAGGAGCUUAGUACAGCAAUAUGCCAACGACAAUUCUCAGUUUUUCUCGGACUUUUCUCGUGUCUUUGGCAAAUAUAUUUCUAGGAUACAUUGCAAUCAAACCUCUACAGGUCCUUGUCCUUUGGAUGAUAUCGGCAAUAGCACAACUAGCACUUCUACUAGCAGCGUUACCAGUAGUGUUAUUCCAGUAGUUGCUUCUCCUAGCAGUUCAUUUCCAUCAUCAUCUAGCCCAAUUAUUAUAGGAUCCCCAAUCGUUAUUAGUUCUUCUUCUAGUAGUAGCAGUAGUACAUCCUCAAGUGAGUCGUUCCCUCCAGUUCCCCCUAUUUCUGGACCUUUUUCCAAUCCACCGUCUAAUCCAGGUGGAUCCGUUCUUUCUGUGUAAAAGAGAACAUAUUAAACAGAGCUUCCUGUGAAAGAGAUGGUCCAAAGUGACCCAUUAUCAUUGUCAUAAAAACAAAACAUGUUAUGAUAAUCCAUUGAAAAUAUCUUUCUAGUAAUGAAUAUGCAGCGAAAUGA